UGAAUGAGACAUUUACACCAAAAGCGCAAAAGACUUCUCUGAGAAAAAAAGGUUAAAAUGUCUCAGGAAAAAUAAAUGAAAAAAAAGAAAUGCGUAAACAUGUCCUUUCCGUUGCUAGGAGCCGGGAACGUCCUUUCUUGUUGGAGACUGAGAGGAAAAUGGAGCCUUGCGCACAUUUCAGCUCGUGCAGUUUGCGCUCUGUCAGUCUGUCUGUCCUCUCCCUCUCUCUCCUUUUCUCUCUCUCUCUCCUUUGCAGAUAUUCUGAGUGCGCAUCUUCCUCCUCUCCGGAUCCUGUUCUGGAGCCCUCCUCAGCUCCACAGUGGGAGAGAGAACCGUGGGAAUUUUCUCAAACUUGACAGGGGGAAAAAAAAAAACAAAAACUUGUUUGCAGCUGUUGGAGCACAUCAGGCGUGAAGGAGCAGCAGAGUCAUUUCAUUAAGACAAUGUCCAGUCCGUUGGAGAAGGUCGUAGCCCAGAAGAAAGAGGCCAUCGAGGCUGCGAUGGACAUGUUUGAGAAGGGGGCCGAGGUGUUGGCCAGCGCUGUGGGCGAGCUCUUCCCUCUCUGUGAGGCCGCCGCCCCGGUUCUCCGCCUGGCCUUAGACAAUGUCCAGAGCAAAGAGGUCUUCUACGUCAAAGAGCAGUUCCUGACCGUGAGGAACAAGCUGGACGUCCUGUCUGCACAGCUGGAAGACAUCGACUGUGAGAUCAAGAAGGGGAGGCUGGACUCACAGUACUUCUCUGUGGAGGAGAACAUCAGGAACCAGUUUAGGAAAUACAUGGACAUCCUGGAGGCCAAACAGCAGUUCAGGGAGGUGAAGACCAGACUUUUCCUGGAGCAUUUUUCCAAAACUGGAGGGGAGAAGAAUCUUUUUGUGCUGUAUGAUGCUGUGAUGGGGACCAACAGCUUUGGAGAGUCGGUUUUAGAGGUGGUGGACAGGUAUGUAGCAAGGAACCGCCGCCUCCUGGAGGAUUUCUGUGUCCGCCUGAAGGAGCUCUUCUGUCUGGGCCUGAUCGCCCUCCUGGGCCACAGCGCUUUAACCCAGGGCCAAGAGGAUGAAGAGGAGAAAAUCAGAGAGUGGAGCAGCAAAAUUGAAGAAGUUGAGUCCAGGAUGAAGAUGACUAUUGAGUCCUGUGUUGCUGGAUUUGCAGAGCAAGCAAAGUUAGACUCCCAGCACCUCCUUCAGGAAAAAGAAGCAGAGAAUCUGCAGGAUUCGACUCAGCGGCUCCUGGAGUUCUUGGUGAAAAAGUACGACUGGGUCAGCUGGUCCGUGCGGCUGAUCAACCAUUCAGGGAGCACGUACCGCAACUGGAGAGCAGGGGAGCACUUUCACCAUGUGGCGGGACAGAACUGGUUCGAGGUCCUCCAGGUGAACAACAUCAACCUAGUGGUGUCGUUCAGCUCCAAACCCCAGCCGGUGCCUCGAGACUUUAUCCAGCAGGUGAUGGAGGGCCCGGGGAAGAAGGGGAAGGCUCCAGAUGUGGUUGAGGUGCUGGAGAAGCAGCUGUGUGGGUUUGUUGUUCACGCUGUGAGUCGCCAUAAGGAGUCUGCAGCUGCAUGGAACUUUCCGGAAGACUGUCACUACUGGGAGAGACACAAGAAUGUGGCGGUUUGUGUGCACUCUGAGUAAAACUGAAACAGAGAGUAUGUUGACCAGAUCAGUGAGUUGAUUCAUCAUGAAAUUAUUUCAGUAGUGAAUCUCAAGCUGCUUUCCCACGUGCAUAACAGAAACUUUUCAGAGAUACCAGCCUGCCCUGAAAUCUUCCUAAGUGGCUUUUUCCUUCCUGCCACGCAGGUUUUUACCUUUGUAUCAGUGUUACAUGUAACUGGAAAAAAAUGGAAAAGAACUCACUUAUGAGCAGAAAAGAGUACCAUGCUAUGUCCAGGUAGUAUUUGAAUUUUCCUAAAUACUACAGUAUCUCCUACACUGACAUAUCAGCUCACCUCGACUUCACACAGAAGGCGGCUGGCAGCAGGUAAAGUAAGGGAAACAAAUCUGGUCAUUCAUGUUUGCACAUUCAGCUCAUCCCCAAAAUUCUGCAGGAAAAUUCCAGAGCUUUGUGCAUGUGCGAAAGCAGCUUCAGAGAAUGGGAUCAACACGCUCGUAACAUUACCAACAUGGUCUUAUUUAGCAGACCAGGUAUUAGCCAGGUGUAACCAAUCUACUUGAAAGCCUCUCUUUUUAAGUGACGUCUUAUUUUUGUUACUUUGUUUAUACACUGAGCAGCAUGCUGAGUAUCGAGCAUCACGUCAUUAUAUUGUGUAAAAUAUUAUUUUAUGCGUCUGUGUUUGCAAACAAGUGAUACACACUUUUGUCAUGCAAAUUAAAAAUGCAUAGCAUCAGUCACUUUACAAACUUGACUG